UUCGCAUCCCGGCCGCAAUAAUAGGCGCCGUGACCGUGUUUGCUGCAACUGGCACUUGAAGGUACAUGCCCUAUUACACUGCAGGCUGCGCUUGUGACUGCACAUGCAUGUCCAUGUUUGUUGGCAAUCUUCAAGUUCAAGCUGGCCUACGAUAGACAGAAUCUUCUAUGCCUUGCCGUGCGUUGUGAGAACUGACCGUUUAUUCAACAUUAUAGAACACUGUUCCCUCAAACAACACUCUGAAACCGUCCAGUCUUUUUUGCCCUUGCGCUGCGACGACCGGUACCUUCAAGUUCGCUGAAUCGACAUCGCCCAAAUCUCGCUAUUCCGUUAUCUACCAGACGUUAUGACUCGGAUCUAUCAACCUUGAAAGCUGGUGCGUUGUAUAUCGAACGCGGUGAUCUCGUCCUCAGAUGGCGACCGCCCUUAGUCGAGUUGCCACAGAUCCUCUCGAUCGCCGCCCCGAUGUUGCCGUCGAACCUCUCAGUAUAUCUAUUUCAAUACCCCAAGCGGCCGCGGUGGAUCAAGAAAGAGUUGAAUCGGACAGUACAUCAUGUGAUGACACAAAGAAUGCCUCCAGCACACAGUCAAGCACACCAGAAGUGAUUCCCAUUCAGAAUGGAAUCGUUGAAAGGCCGACCCUGGCUGCGCACAAGUUCGACACCGAAAUUGCCCGGCCGGUUGCGCAGAGGUUACCUGCAGCGAGACGGCAUCAAUCGACGCUGGACACUCCUGCGUACCGCGAGGGUUUCACAUCUCACAAUGACUCGGAAGGCUGGGAUUCCUCUGACGACGAAGAAUACGCGAAUUUGCGGAAGUCAUACACACAGCCCGAAGAGAUCCCCUUGUCCAAAUCAGACCUCAAUCGAGCCCGUGUCCGUCCCAAACAACAGCAUCUGCGGGUGGGGAAUGACUACUUCCAGGCGCGCGGCGGACUCGCAAGAGAUGGUAGACUAAAUAUCUCCGUCAAUGAAACAGCCAACACCGGAUACUUGGCUAAGGCUCUGGGUGCCACGAUAGAGCGGCAUCUCGGCACCGAGGCGCACCACGUCCAGGAGGAACGCGAUGCGGCAAAGGCCAAAGCCGACUUCCUCCAAGCCAAACCACAUUUGCAGAUCCCGCGGAUGAAUAUUGUGAUUAUGGUCAUUGGCAGCCGCGGAGAUAUCCAGCCCUUCCUGAAAAUAGGAAAGAUCUUACAGGACAAAUACCACCACCGCGUGAGGAUUGCCACUCACCCUACCUUCAAAAAGUUCGUACAAGAAGAAAUCGGUCUCGAAUUCUUUUCCGUCGGCGGUGAUCCUUCCGAACUCAUGGCUUUUAUGGUGAAGAAUCCUGGUUUGGUCCCUACACUGGAGACGCUGAAAGCUGGCGAGGUGGGCCGAAGGCGGGAGUCAAUGUACCAAAUGUUUCAGGGGUUUUGGAGGGCUUGCAUCAAUGCCACCGACGACGAAACGGAUGCCGCCAACCUGAAGAUGAUGGGAAGCAAACCGCCAUUCGUUGCCGAUGCCAUCAUCGCUAAUCCACCUUCAUUCGCCCACUAUCACUGCGCUGAGAGACUCAGCAUUCCUUUACACCUUGUCUUUACCUUUCCGUAUUCCCCCACUCAAGCGUUUCCUCAUCCUUUGGCAAAUAUCAAAGCGACCAAUGUCGAUCAAAGCUACAGCAAUUUUAUCAGUUAUCCCUUGGUUGAUCUCAUGACGUGGCAAGGAUUGGGUGACCUCGUCAACCGCUUUCGCGUCUAUACUCUGGGCUUGGAGCCCGUGUCGACCUUGUGGGCCCCCGGUCAACUUUCUCGGCUCAAAGUGCCCAUGACAUAUCUUUGGUCACCGGGCUUGGUGCCUAAACCGCGUGAUUGGGGUCCUGAAAUCGACAUUGCAGGCUACGUUUUCCUCGAUCUGGCCACUUCGUACAAACCACCCCAAGAUCUGGUACAGUUUUUGGACCGGAGCAAGGACGAUCGUCCCAUUGUCUAUAUUGGGUUUGGCUCCAUAUCCGGUAUAGAUGAUCCGCUGGCCUUUACGAAGAUGAUUUUCGAAGGCGUUGCCAAGGCCAAUGUUCGCGCAGUAAUCAGUCGAGGCUGGGGAGGCAUGGGAGAUGGCAUGGAAAAACCUGACGGUGUCUUCAUGAUCGACAACGUCCCGCAUGACUGGUUGUUUCCCAAAGUGGACGCCGUCGUACAUCACGGUGGAGCCGGCACGACGGCGGCCGGGCUUCGCUUUGGGAAACCGACCAUGAUUGUUCCGUUCUUUGGAGACCAGCCGUUCUGGAGUGCCAUGGUCGCCAAGGCUGGCGCCGGGGCCAAACAAGCGCUCCCUUGGAAGAAGCUCAACAGUGACCUCUUUGCCGAAGGGAUCCGUCAAUGUUUGGAACCGGACGCCAAAGCCAAAGCAAUGGAGAUUGCAAAGAGCAUUGAAAAAGAAGGAGACGGGGCGGAGAAUGCAGUGGACUCUUUCCACCGUUCUUUGGACCUCAACAAGAUGCGUUGUCGGAUUUUGCAUGAUCGAGCGGCGGCGUGGAAGAUUAAAGAGCACAAUAUCCAGCUGUCCGCGCUGGCCGCCGACCUCCUUGUAGAGAAUAAAGAGCUCCAUUGGUCAGACUUGGAGCUGUACAGAACUCGGGAGUGGAACGAUUUCCAUGGGCCCGGCGAGCCCAUCACUGGAGCUGGCGGAGUAUUGGUGCAAGCAUUCCAAGAGGCAUUCCACGGAUUAGCCACGAUUCACGAAUCCACCAAAAAAGACAUUGAACACUAUGAAAAGCAUCGGCGGAAACAGCGGAAAUCGAUCAAACACACUUUGGUUCUGCCGGGUAACAUCGCCCUGGCCGCUCGAGGCACCAGUGUGAAAAUGCAACAACAGGAGCAGGCUCGGCUGCAGAGGGAAAUGAACCUUCAAGGAGAGGCGGAACCAGUCAGGCUACCCUUUUCUCCGUCCAACGGCCAAAACGAUCGGCUGGGAGGCAACAACCCCCAACAACUGACUCGAACGGCGACUGACUUGUCUCAGCAUCCUCCUGCAGUCGUGGUGAUUUUAAGGGACAUUGGCCGUGGCAUAGGACACUCGACUCGCGCGAUUGCCGUGCUGCCAUUGCAGCUGUGGAACGCGCUCGCGCUCGGCUUCCACAAUGCCCCACGACUUUACGGAGACAAGACGGUGCGCCCUUCUCCCGGCCGGAUACCGGGGUUCCGCGCAGGCGUCAAAGUCGCAGGCAAAGAGUUCUGGUUGGGGUUGUACGACGGAUUCACGGGCGUCGUCCGCAUCCCCUAUCUCGAGGUUCAUGAUGAAGGCAUCAUCGGGCUUCCCAAGGGCGUUGCGAAAGGUCUCGGCGGGCUGGUCUUGAAACCUAUCUCGGGUGUGCUCGGGCUAGGUGCCUAUCCAGCCAGAGGGUUUCACAAUAGCAUCCGUCGACGCGUCCGAGAUACCGAGAAGACGGACCGUUGGAUCCGUCGUGCUCGAAUCGCCCAGGGUCAACGUGAGGCCGAGGAGAUCAAGGAACCAACACCACAAUUGCCAUCACCAUUAUUACCUUCGUCACCAACUGACCCUUCGCCGGCAGCCAGGAGAAACACUGAUGGCGUCUCCUCCACUACAUCUACUUCCCGAUCAACCGUGAGAUCGCAAAAACAACAAAAACGCCCGAUGUACUUGCGCCCAAACCCUCGGGCGUUUGAAGACGUGCGCGACCGCGUUCUUCGCGCCUGGGCCAUGUAUGAGAAACAACUUGCCGCCGAGGAGAAAAAGGAGAAAAACGACUUUCAUCGUCGACUCUUGUUAUUGAAGGGUCAGCGGUCCUGGCGUGAUCGUGCGAAAAAGUCUGGACUUCGGUAGACACUGCCCAAAAGGCUACCCGGACUACCUCGUUCUGUGUUCAAGCGCGGGUAUUCUGCGGGGCGUGGAGGCCAUUGUGUCGCGUCAUCUGCGCUUUUGGAGCUGACCAUUUGACUCCGACGCCGUUACAGUCGGCUGCGGUGUGAAUGUAACACUAGUAUCCUGUAAUUGUCAAAUAAUAAUAAUACAACCCGCUCGGACUCUCGAUCGAUUCAAAGUCAGAGGAUGCAAGGGUGUAUCUAGCGUUAUAGGAGAUGAUCAAUAAUGAUCAGAGACAACUGUUUAUUGUAUUCAUAUAUAUGUAGAUAUAUAUUCAUUUGACCUAUUUGGCAGAAG